AUGCUACUGAGGCAAUAUUCUCGAAGUUUAAGAAACAAUCCAAUAUCUUUUAUUGUUGGUCAGCCAGAAUUUGGAGAAUUGGAAAAAGAAUGUAAAAAUUGGCCAAAUAUUCAAGUUGCUGGUGCAGUACUUCCAUUCCCUUUCGGGACUCAUCACACAAAGCUUUCUUUGUUUGAAAGUGAACAUUCAUUGCAUGUAGUGAUGGGCACUGCGAAUUUAUUGCCCCAGGAUUGGGCCUUUAAAACACAAAUGUUUUAUCAUUUUGCGGCACCAUUUACACAAGAAUCAAGACCAUUAAUAACUAUAGAUGCUGAGGAUAUUGAAACAAAAGAUACGGGCCAAAGUUUUCGUGAUGAUCUUGUUGAAUAUUUGAGAGUUGCUUACCCAAAAAGGUCUGGUAACGCAUAUAAACUUGUUUCUUACUGGAUAGAACGUAUUAUUGGUGGGCAAGCUGACUUUAGCAAAUGCAAAGAUCGUUUGAUUGCUUCCGUUCCGGGGAGAUUUCAGAAAAGCAACGGUACUUACAGCAAAUUUGGCCAUUUAAAAUUACGUGCAUCUUUGUCUUCUAAAUUUACUCCAAAAGAAUUAAAAACUCUAAAAACAUUUAUUGGCCAAUUCAGUUCUAUUGGUUCACUCGGAGCUAAAGCAGAAACUUGGUUAUCUGAUGAAUUUUUGUGUAGUCUUUCUGGAUCAAAUAGUUUAUUACCACCUUCUUCUCUUAAAUUAAUUUAUCCAACAGUUGAAAAUGUUAGACAAUCACUAGAAGGUUAUGCUGCUGGGUUUUACCUUCCAUAUUUAUUCAAAAAUCAUAUAAGACAAAAUUAUUUGUUAAAUUUUUUUCAUCAAUGGAAAAGUGAUAAACACGGAAGAUCGUUAGCAAUGCCUCAUGUAAAAAGUUAUGCAGGUUUAGAUGAAAAUUCCAAAGUUAAUUGGAUUUUAAUGAGUAGUGCAAAUCUUUCUACGUCCGCUUGGGGAAAAUUGGAAAAAUGUGGAGAACAGUUGUAUAUUCGUUCUUAUGAAUUGGGCGUUCUUUUAUGUGAAAAAGAUCAUCCAGAAGGUUUACUUUUGCCUUAUGAUUUACCUUUGCAAAAAUAUGAAUCCACAGACCAGCCAUUCGUUCAAGAUAUUAUUUAUCCAAAAUUACCACCAGAUUCAUUUGGUUUCCAAGGUUCUUGUGAAUUUAUUUUCCAAGAAAUCUCUCUUUCAAAAAUGAAUAACAACAAAAAUACUUUUUAUAAUUCGACAAAUACAUUUUAUGAACAAGAAUAUUCAACUAAAACAAAAAAAUCUGCCUCUGAACAAUUAUCAGAAAAUUUUGGAAGAAUUGUUGACAAUUUACCUAAUAAAAUUCCUUCAGAUAUUCGUUUACAUUUACAAAAAGUUUAUUCAACAGCUGCUCUUUGCCUUUUAUGUUCUCUUUUUGGAAUUUUCUUUCGAGGAAUUUUUAAUUUUAAUGCUUUUUUACACAAAUUUGUUACUUUUUUAAUUUUUUGUUUGUUUAUUGGUUUGGGAUUUUGUAGUUACAAACAAAAUUUGGAAAUUAAACGCUUUUAUGGUCUUUUAAUGCUUUCCUGGUUAAUUGGAAUUAAAUUUUGGUCAUUUUUUGAAUUUUUUGGUUUUGAAUAUCCUGGACAUAUUGAAUUUAAUUUCUUUUUUGGAGCUUUGAUUGUUUAUGCUUCUUUUGCUUUGUCUGUUAUUCAUUCAGAGUCAAUUCAAUGUCUUCAUCUUUGUGCUACUUUUCUGUCAACUUUAUUUUCUUUUUUGUUGACUUUUUUUGUUGCUCCAAAUUUUAUUUAUCCAACAAUUCUUUGGAGUGUGUUAACGACAAAUGCUCUUUUUGUCAUUUAUGAUACACAAAUGAUUGUAGAGAAACGCCAACAACGGGAUACUGAUUAUAUUUGGCAUACGGUAAUUUUUUUUAAAAUAUUUUUGAAUGGAAGUUUUGGAAUUUAG